AUGCAGCUUUCUGUGCUCUUUACCGCGCUUAUAUCUUUUGUCGUUCUCGCUGCAGCGUCACCCACGCCAAGAGCCAUCUCGAUUGAGGAACUCUCCUCUAAACGAGAGGAAUCUGACACCAAGUUAUUGGAGUACCGCGUGCGCGAGGAAUUGGGGACCUCUUGGGAUUCUUUCGAGGAACCAACAAAGGAAUUAGGGACCUCUUGGGAUUCUUUCGAGGAACGAGCGGAGGAUUUGGGGACUGGUUGGGAUUCUUUCGAGGAACGAGCGGAGGAUUUGGGGACUGGUUGGGAUUCUUUCGAGGAACCAGCAAAGGAAUUAGGGACCUCUUGGGAUUCUUUCGAGGAACGGGCGGAGGAUUUGGGGACCGCUUGGGAUUCUUUCGAGGAACGAGCAGAGAAAUAGAGUAAGGUCUUCGAGCGAAUCAAAGGCGCGGGCAAGAGGUCUGCGAUGUUAAGGGCUCCGAAUACUAGGUCGUUGAAUUUUUGACUGUAGUAGUAGUACUAGUACAUACUAUACGGUGACUAUGAUAUGUAACGGCGCAACACUACCAAG